AUGUCUCUAACCUACGAGCAAUUCACCGCACUUGAUCUCACAGAGCGAAUUACGUCAGCCGUUUCCAUCGUUGGUAAUUUGUUCAUUAUUCUAACAUUCUUUUUUUCUGCAUCCUUCGACAAACCAAUCAAUCGCCUCAUAUUCUUCGCAUCAUGGGGAAAUAUUGGCUCGAGUAUCUCUUGUAUGAUCUCUGACCUUGGCCCGGCGUCAUUGAUGGAAAGAUCAAAGUUUAAUGCAUCCGGAAUAUGCCAGGUCCAAGCCUUCUUGGUCCAAAUGUUCCGUGGAGUUGAUUGUUACUGGGCAUUCUUCAUGGCCAUCAACGUAUAUCUAGUUUUCUUCCGAGGAUAUACCACACAUCAACUGAGAAAGUUGGACAUUUGGUAUCUGCUUGCAUGCUAUGGCCUUUCCUUUAUACCUGCUUUCGUCUUCUUAUUCGUAUCAACAAAAGAACGAGGUCAUGUCUAUGGAUCGGCCAUUGUUUGGUGCUGGAUCAGCGAAGAAUGGGAUUGGAUGCGCUUAGUUUUCUUGUAUGGUAUCGUGUGGAUCACCAUUCUCUUCGCUUUCAUCGUAUACUUCAUGGCAGCGAAAGUAAUCUGGUCUAAGCGUGAACAUCUAAAUGGUUUCCUCAACCCCCUGAAUGAGACCCCAUUCGCAAACACGAUCACCACUGAAAUCGAAAUAAUCUAUGAAGAACGAUCAAUUGUCAAGGAUGCGAGCGAUCAAGGUGUUUCCGAAAAUGUUUUGUCCUCCGACCAGUAUGCGGUUGACAUCCAAGCGACGCCUCAACAACAAUAUCAACAACAACAAGACACUCAAAUUUAUCAAAUGCGGAGAAUGCGAAGUUUGACCAGAGAGGUUGCACAGUCUGAAACCAACCCAGAAGCAUGGCUGGUGUUUGGAAUGUGA